ACUGAGUCUGUCCCACCGUCUCUCACUCACCGCCCGGCCCGCCGCUGCAGCUGUCUCCGGUCCUCCGGCCGUCUUACGGUCCGACUCCGAGAUCAUGCCUAUCCGUCGACAUAAUGAAGAUCACCCAACGAAAUGAUGACUUCAUUGUCGGUGUGACAAUACAGAGUGAAACAGGGCCUGAUCAUGGGAGACAGGAGGAGGUCACCAUGUGCCGAUAUCUGUCCAAAUAUGCCCUCAUCUUCCUCUUCCUAGCCCUGUCUGGCCUCAUCUUCCUACUACACAACAUCCACACUGUGGAGAACUGGAACUGCCACACUAUUUCAGCCCUCUAUCAGCUCCAGAGCAGGAUCCAGCCAUCCUUUAUCUUUAAUCUCCCCACUUUUCAUCACAACCGCACCUUCUGUGCCCAUCUGGGCCAGAAACCCUUUCCUGAAGAUGAACUGGAGGAGCGCUACCUGUUGAACUCCAUCGCCUGGCCCGGGCCUCCGCCUGGCUCUACGCCCACCGCCCUGCGCCAAACGAGUGACCCGUUGCACAGCCUGUUCGCCAUCCUUCCCACCAAGGGACUCAGGGAGUGGCAUGUGGGCGACGAGCUGGAGGCGCUCGUCCAAAUGCACGACUACCAGGGUCGUCCUAAGCACUACGGCGGGGAUUUCCUUUUGGCCAGACUGCACUCCCCGGAGCUUGGAGCAGGUGUAGCAGGUAAAGUAGUGGACCACAAGAAUGGCUUUUACUCUGCCAUGUUCCCGCUCCUCUGGGUGGGGUCUGCACAGGUCGAGAUCACGUUGGUGCACUCCAGCGAGGCUGUUGCUGUCCUGCGACGGCUGAGGGAGGAACGACCAGAUCGAGUGUUUUUCAAGAGUCUGUUCCGCCUGGGGUUCCUGUCUGAAACGACCGUGUGCAACAUGUGCCUGCCCUCCGACCAACAGCCUCUGUGUAACUACACAGACCUUUACACAGGGGAGCCCUGGUACUGCUACAAGCCUAAGAUGCUCAGCUGUGACACCAGAAUCAACCACGCCAAAGGAGGCUAUCUGAAGCACCUCAUUACCAACAAAGAAGCACUGCUCUUCCAGAGUGGUGUAAACAUUAAAGUUCACAUACACGCUUCAGGACCCGACAGAAUCAAUGUGCUACCUACCAAGAAAGAUGUAGAGGUAGAAAACAGCAGUAUAAACCCAGAACCUAGUAAGCUAGCGCCCUCUGGAUAUUUCUACGAGGACUCGUGGAGGCCAUUAAACGGCGUCGCAAUGCGCCAGUUCAAUGAAUCCUCUGCCGUCACUGAGUGUUUGAAGAACAAGGUGAUCAACAUGUACGGAGACUCGACCGUCAGGCAGUGGUUUGAGUACCUCAUUGCUUUAGUGCCAGAAUUAAAGGAGUUCAACCUGAACAGUCCUAAAAACGUUGGGCCUUUCAUGGCGGUGGACAGCACCAAUAAUAUUCUCUUGAAGUACCGCUGCCAUGGCCCGCCCAUCCGCUUCUCCACCGUCCUGUCCAGUGAGAUGCGGUACAUUUCCAACGAGCUGGACGGCCUCUCUGGGGGUCCCAACACCGUCGUGGUCCUCAGCAUUUGGGCCCAUUUCAGCACCUUCCCUGUGGAGGUGUACAUACGGCGGCUCCGCCACAUCAGGCGGUCGCUGGUGAGACUUCUGGACCGAGCGCCGGGGACGAUCGUUGUGAUCCGCUCGGGCAACCUUCAAGCCAUGGACCAAGAGGUGAGCCUGUUCAACAGCGACUGGUACUCCCUGCAGCUCGAUGAGGUGCUCAGGUCCAUGUUCAAGGGACUGAACGUGCUGCUGGUGGACGCCUGGCAAAUGAGUUUGGCACACCACCUUCCUCACGCUCUCCAUCCACCUGAAGUCCUCGUCAAGAACAUGAUCGACAUGCUUUUGUCUUAUGUUUGCUCAGAGAAGAGAAAGAGCCUUCUGUUAUAGAAGAAGAGUGACAGUAGUGGAGUUGACUGUGUGAAUCCAUUAUCUAGAUAUAAGUGUUCCCUCAAAGCUACACACCUUUAAAUACUGUCUCUUUAAGACUGAUCACUGAUAACUUGCUUGUUAUGUUUAAUUUUGAAUCCCACAAAGAUAAUUUUAUUCUGAAAGUGCCAAAGACUGGCACAGUGAUUGUUAUGUCCCAUCAGGUUUUGUUACCAAAGUGUUUUGUUUGUGUAAGCAGAAUCUUUCUUUAAAGUUGUCCAUUUUUGGAGUCUUUAUUCUUUCAAGGUUGGAGUUUGAGCUUUAUACAUAUAUUUGUUUGUUAGUUUUGCCAAAGCUGAAGACUCCGUGGGUUCUUAUUUUGACGAUUUCUCUCAGGCUGUUAAAAAUGUGUUCUUAUGCUCUGUUGCCAUGUUACAGCACACUCAUUUAUGUCAGGCAAUUUUAAAUGAAAUAAAGAUUUUCUGUAUUUCUACAUACAUUAACAACAUUGUUGUUAAAUAUCAUCUAUAUCAUCGUCUGCCUAAUUUGGUUUAUAGUUUUAAAUGUAAUUUCAGUUGUUUACAGUACACAACAUCACUGUAACUCCUUAUGACAGAAUGGUAAAAAUGGCUGCAUUUAUAGCACUUUAAUCCAAAGUGUUAUUAAAAGACAAAACCUGCAACUCUUUUGUCAACCUUAAAGUAAUUCAUUAGGGAAAAUCCUCACUCUGACUUUUUCCUGGUGACCUUUCUAACUAACAGAGAAGCCUUUCAGCCUUCAGACUCUUCAACCUUCUCACAGCUUUGGUAAAUAUCUCUUCACAUGCUGUCAGUGGUGUGUGUCGAUUCAAGGCUUGACCUUUACCUGCAUUUCUAACAUCAUCUCUUUUCUACAAGUAGCUAACUUUCUAUUUCAAUAUUAACUUUCUGUGUUCAAUUCUAAUUCUCAAUUUUUUUUUUGUACGGACACAUUAACAAGAUCGAGUACUGUAUGCUGUCACAUGUUCAUCAUAGGAAGACAGUGAAGACUGGAGUCACCAGGUCUGAGAAAAUGUGCCUAUUUCCUGUCUAAUGCUGUGUGUCCCGUAGGAUGAUCAGAGGCAGACUCUUAAGAGACUCUGUCAGAACUUAAACAAGCAGAGUUGCUUUCAUGUUUGCCAGUAUUUGUGAUUAUCAAAUGUGUGCUUUUCCAACUGUUAAUAUGAGCAGUUAAUGAUGGUAUUUUGUCAUUUGAUUAUUCACACUAGAGGUGGGAUCAAACAGUUAGAUGUUUGAAAUUGAGUCGGACGACAUAUCUAUAUAAUAUUUCUAUCACUAUAUGGGGGUAUGAUAAUUGUUAGGAUUAAUCGAAAUCAUAUGACGGUGAUGCAUGUUUUGUCAUGCCUUUUCCUGAU